AGUUGGUCGUGCCACUUGGCCGGGAACGGACGUGUUUUUUCUUCGCUGCGCCUUCGGAGCCGUACUUAAUAGUAGUUUGCACACAAGUUGCCUUUUUUGCAAAAAAGUGAGUGAGCGAGAAGGAAAUCGCAAUUGGUUGGUUGGUGCAAGACAAGGAGCGAAGGCAGAUUGCGCGGGGUGAUCGUGCGCGGCGCCGCUCUCGAGGUGCAUGUGCAAUUGCAACGACGAGGACAAGUUGCACGCUGAAGAAACCAAGGUGCUCGAGGAAGAGAGUGCAAGAUAUUUCGUCGUGGCGUCUUGUGUUGGUGAGCAGUUCUCUAGAAAUUCGCAAAUUCAUAUCCCUCUUCAAGUUUGUCGAAGACCUCCAAACCAAUCAAAACUUGUGAUAUCGAGAUCUAGUUUUCUUAGACAUAACCUCAAAGUAGCGCUAAAUCCAAUUCAGUUUCACUUCUGCGAAACCCUAGAGAACCAACUCUUGGAGGUGGCUUGAUUGAAGCGUGCAGCUAACCUUGAGCGUAUGGUGCAGAACGAGAUUUUCAAGUUGAGGCUGGACAUUUUUCGCGCUAAUUGCAGCAGCAGCAGGUACGCUGCAAGAGUUAAGAUCAAGGGGUUACGUGGUCGGAGAAGGUGCUAACGAUUGGGCCGGCGAUAUCGGUGACAAGAAACAACCUGCCAGAUAGUAGGCUGGGGCAGCCGCAUGGUGUUGUGAGUAAAUAUUUACGUCGAGGAAAAGUCGAGGAGGAAAACAGCUGUGCAUUUGCAGAUUUAUACGAUUUUUUUUAACGGAAGAAAAAGAAGAAUUCGAGAGGGUGGAGCGGUGAGCGCAGGGGGAAAUUUAUUGAUCCUGCACGAUCGUACGGUGUGGGGGAGGAUUUGGGCGAUCGAGAGACCUGGAAAUAAGAUCCUCAAACUUCACCACGAGCUCAACCAAAUCAUCGCGGGAACAAAAAGUAACAAGCUGGAAUCACAGCCCAGCCACUUGGCCGCCAACGGCAGCUAUAAAUUGAUUACGUUGUGUUGCAGCUGCAAUGUGUGUCACGCAAAUUAAUUAAAAAUGUAUCACAAAUCGAGUUAAAUUAAGUGCACCGUGAAACGAGCGGGGGGAAAAAAGAGAAGUCACAAAUCGAGUUUAUCGUGUGAAAAAUUGCAGCCAGUUGUUUGUGAAGUGUGUGUUACUACUGGGUGUUACCCCAAUUAGAGGUUGAUUUGUGAUAAGCGGAAGUGUUGCCAGCUCCCCCGAAGUGUUAAAUGUGCCCCGAUAAGGCACGUUCCGGUUGCUGUGAAAUGAGAUGAAAAUUCCGGGCAAAAAAUGUUCGAUCGGUGGAAAAUGGUAUUUAAUCGAUUAGUGCUCAAUCGUGAUUGUGUGCCACGUGUUGGUUGAGGGCUAGCAUGAAGACCAGUGAGGUCAACGCCCGGAAGGCCCCCGCAGAAGUGGAAGAGGAAAAGGAAGAAGAAUCGACAGCCAGAUACCACGUGUGCAACAGGUGGCCACCGCCACGUGGGGAAAAUCACAAGUGCAAACGGUACCGCGUCGGAGCUAGAUGUAAAUUGAUGCUGGUGGCAAUCGUGGUGAUAAUUUUAACCAGUUUCACCGUGAUGAUCGGCGGCGACGUGUUUACCGUGGGCUACCUGACCGGGUCCCAGCGGAGGCCCGGCGACCGCGAGUAUGCGAGACCAGGACUGCAGAUUUCCGGCGCAAUCACGCUGGCCAUCGAGGAGGUGAACUCGGUGUACUUGAGCCGCCACGGCCACAGCCUCCAGUUCGAGGUGGCGGAAACGUACGGCGAGGAGGUGACCAGUAUUAGAAAGACGGCCGACCUGUGGACGCGGGACGUCAUCGCGUACCUGGGCCCCCAGGAGACGUGCGUCCACGAGGGCAGGAUGGCGGCCGCCUUCAACCUGCCGAUGAUUUCCUAUUUUUGUACCCACAACGAAACCUCCAACAAGAAGCACUUUCACACCUUCGCCCGAACGCGACCUCCCGACUUGCAGAUUUGCAAGUCGGUGGUGUCGCUGCUGCUGGCCUACAACUGGACCCAGGUGACGUUCUUUUACCGGGCCUCGGAGGACGCCGAGUACGAUGCGGUGGCGGAAACGCUCAAAACCACACUCAAGUCAAACGGGGUCCGGAUUCGGGCGGUGCGGACGUGGAGCACCAUCUACCACCACGGAUACUCGCCGAAUCCGUUUGACCGGAUGGUGGAGGAAACCUACUCGGACACCAGGAUCUAUCUGGUCCUGGGUCACCACGACGAGCACAUCGGGCUGCUGGUGGCGCUGAAGCGGAAGGAGCUGCUGACCGCGGCCGGCCAGUACUUUGUGGUCGGCGUUGAUCUCGAGCAGUACGAUGCGGCUUUGCCAAAGAAGUAUCUUCACGGGCUGCUGCAAACCGACGCGGACCGGGACGCCGUUCCCGCCCUGCAGCACUACCUCGGCGUCGUCCCGUCGGCACCCGUCAAGUUUGAGGAGUUUGCCGUUAAGGUCAACAAAUAUCUGGAGCUGCCACCGUUCAACUAUCGCAACCCGCUCGUUUACUUUGGCGGUGUUAAGCAGAUCCGCGCCGAGGCUGCUUAUCUGUACGACGCGGUCCAUUUGUAUGCAAAUGCGCUGCUGCGGGUCCUGAUGGACGGUGGCAACCCCCGGAACGGCACCGCCAUCAUCGAGGCGAUCAAGGGCCGGGCGUACAUGAGCGCCAUGGGCUAUUUGAUCCAUAUCGAUGAAAACGGUGACGCGACGGGAAAUUACACCAUCCUGGCCAGAAAACCCAUCCCCUCUGCCUCCCUGGAGAGAGAAUACGGACUGUUUCCGAUCGGACGGUUCAGCACGCCUAGUGUUGACACCAUACCCGACAUCAAGCUUUUUGAUGCCAUCGAUUGGGUGGGGUCAGGACCACCCACAGCUGAGCCACGCUGUGGCUUUCGUGGCGAGAAGUGUAUUAGUUACACCGGCGAGAUUUCGGCCGGGAUUGCCGGCGCGGCCCUGCUUCUGCUCGGGGUGGUGUCGCUGGUGCUUUAUCGCAACUGGCGCUACGAACAGGAGCUGGACAGUCUGCUGUGGAAGGUGGACUUUCGGGACAUUCAGAUGCACGAAAACGAGAAGGAAAAUGCGGGUCAGAAAAUGACGAGGACCACCCACCCGCUCAUCCGAACCAGCCAGGUCAGCCUGAGCUCGAACCCGGACACGGACUUUCGGUACACGACCAUCUUCGCGCCGAUCGGGAUGUACCGGGGGCAGCUGUACGCCAUCAAGAAGGUGCGCAAAAAGAGCAUCGACAUCACGCGCGAGAUGAAGAAGGAGCUGAAGCUGCUGCGAGACAUGCGCCACGACAAUCUGAACGCGUUCAUCGGGGCGUGCACGGAAUCGCCGAACAUCUGUAUCAUCACGGAGUACUGCACGAGGGGAAGUUUGAAGGACGUUUUGGAGAACGAGGACGUGAAGCUGGACAACAUGUUCAACGCGUCGCUGGUGGCGGACAUUCUGAGGGGGAUGAUCUACCUGCACGAUUCGCCGCUGCGCUUUCACGGCACGUUGCGCACCUCCAACUGUCUGAUCGACUCGCGGUGGGUGGUGAAGUUGAGUGACUUUGGGCUGUACGCAUUUAAGCAGGGCGCGGACGAUCUGGCGGCGAUCGGUGAGAAGGCCGAGAAGGAGAAGCAGGAGAAGGAACCGCUGAACUGUGAGAAACUACUGUAUCGGGCUCCAGAGCUGCUCCGAGCAGGUCCCGCAACCUGCGUUCCCGGUACACCCAAGGGUGACAUCUACUCGUUCGGGAUCGUUCUGUAUGAAAUCUUCACUCGCCGGGGUCCGUUCGGUGAGAUUGAGUGCAGUCCGGCAGAGUGUCUACAGCGAGUGAUGCACCCACUGGUUCCAAAUACCCCGUUUCGGCCGGCCAUCCAACCGCUGGAGACGACGUUCGACUGCGUGCGGGAGUGUCUGAAGGAGUGCUGGUCGGAGAGGCCGGAAGAACGGCCGGACUUCAAAACUAUUAGAAAUAAGCUACGCGUGCUUCGGAAGGGCAUGAAGCCGAACAUUUUCGACAACAUGAUGGCGAUGAUGGAGAAGUACGCGAACAAUUUGGAACAGCUGGUUGACGAGCGGACGGAUCAGCUGCAGGAGGAGAAGAAGAAGACGGAGGCGCUGCUGCUAGAGAUGCUUCCGCGGCCAGUCGCCGAGCAGCUCAAACGAGGUCACAAAGUCGAAGCCGAGAGCUACGAUCUAGUCACGAUUUACUUUAGCGAUAUUGUUGGCUUCACUUCGAUGUCGGCGGAGAGCACUCCACUGCAGGUGGUUGACUUCCUGAACGACCUGUACACCUGCUUCGACUCGAUCAUCGGGCAUUACGACGUUUACAAGGUUGAAACGAUCGGCGACGCGUACAUGGUAGUGUCCGGACUCCCGAUCCGGAACGGGCUAACCCACGCCGCCGAGAUCGCCUCGAUGUCGCUGCAGCUGCUGGACGCCGUGUCGGAGUUCAAGAUUCGCCAUCGACCCAACGACACGCUCUACCUGCGCAUCGGAAUCCACUCGGGCCCGGUCUGCGCCGGCGUCGUCGGACUUAAAAUGCCACGCUAUUGCCUCUUCGGGGACACGGUCAACACGUCGUCCCGCAUGGAAUCGACGGGACUCCCGCUCAAAAUCCACUGCAGUCUACAAACCAAAGAAAUUCUCGACAGUCUCGGGGGAUAUCACUUUGAGGAGCGCGGCCUCAUCCCGAUGAAGGGCAAGGGCGAUCAGCGCACCUUCUGGCUCGUCGGAGAAGAUCCGGAAGCGCGCGCCAAACGAACCCAGGAACGGGUCGAGCGACGCGGAUCGCGAGCGCUGAACAAGUACAUCGGAAUGCUCAAGCAGCAGCAGAAUAAUGCCGCAGGAGUGCGGAGUUCACUCAAAACGCGAGGGAUGUUCCCGCGUAACUCACUGCCACGUUCAUCUAGUCUAGAGUCGCCGAAGAGGCUGCGCUUUGCGAGUGGGUCGAUGCUGGAACAGCAUCGGUAUCAUCGCUACAGUGACGACGCACUGAUGGAGGUCAUCUCGGACAGCAGCACGCGCAAGUCGGACAACAGCCUGACGGACACGACGGCGGAGGACCUGGCGUCGUCCUGUCCGUGCAUCGACCACCUCGGAAUGAUGAGCAGCGACCGGUUUCUGGUGCAGCCGCACCAGCAGCUGGUCUGUCCGACGGUUACGACGCCGCUGCUCACCAACACCGUGGCCACUUAGUCGCGUUUUAAGCAAACAAACAAACUAUAAAAGUUGUAUCUAGUCAUUAACAGUUACACAGGGGUCAUAUGUUCAAGUUGAUGUGAUAAAGCAUAAUCAUAAAGUGGUUUUAAUGUAAGCGGGAUUGAACGGCAUAGCGGAGCGGAUUAUGUGUGGGUACCUAACUUGGUGUGAAAUUGAUGGAAGGCUAGUGUUGAAAUGAAAUUCGAAAACGAAAAACUAACGAAACGGAUAGGCUCAAGCAAGCAAACGAAAAAUUCAAAAUUUAAACUAAUCAUAAGAAGAAAGUAUAACAAAAAUAUGUGUAGUUAUGAACGUACUUCAAUACAUGGCUUGAUGUGAUCAAACUAAAA